GUUCAAUUCAGUCAGUCCGCCGCGAGCUGUUGUGGGGGUACGUUGUUGCUCAGAACGCAUUUGCGCAACGCCCGUUUUAUUUAAAUAGAACUGUAACAAAUUUUAUGAACAAUACAUCUAUACAUCUAAUAAUUUUAACAUAAACUGUGUAAUAAAUAUACGUUAGUGUAAGACUUAUUUUAAUAGAAGUGAAGUGUUAUUUCGCGAUCGACGCGAUCAUUUCUUUGGUGAAGUCGCUGAAGUGUAAAGAGUAACCAUGAACGGUCUGAACGGUCACGCCAACGGCGAGGUGAACGGCGCCGGGGACAUCAUCACGCAGAACCAGCAGCGCGGCUGGUGGACAAUCGGGCUGAUCAACUCGCGGUACCGGUACCUCACCGCGGAGACCUUCGGCUUCAAGAUCAAUGCGAAUGGAACUAGCUUGAAGAAGAAGCAGAUCUGGACUUUGGAACCAGCCACUGGGAAUGCUAAUGAUAGUAUGAUCUACCUCCGCUCCCACCUGGACAAAUACCUGGCCGUGGAUUCAUUCGGAAACGUGACCUGCGAGUCGGAGGAGAAGGAGGCUGGCAGCAAGUUCCAGAUCAGCGUAUCGGACGAUAGCUCCGGGCGCUGGGCGCUCCGCAACGUGGAGCGGGGCUACUUCCUCGGCUCCAGCCAGGACAAGCUCACCUGCACCGCCAAGGUGCCGGGCGACGCGGAGCUCUGGCACGUGCACUUGGCUGCCAGGCCACAGGUGAACCUCCGUUCCAUCGGGCGCAAGCGUUUCGCGCACCUGUCGGAGAGUUUGGACGAGAUCCACGUGGACGCAAACGUGCCGUGGGGCGAGGACACGCUGUUCACGCUCGAGUUCCGCGCGGACGAGGGUGGCAAGUACGCGCUGCACACUUGCAACAAUAAGUACUUGAGCGCUGCUGGCAAGCUGCUGGACACGUGCACCGCGGAGUGCCUGUUCAGCGCGGAGUACCACGCGGGAGCCCUAGCGCUGCGCGACGCGGCCGGCGCCUACCUCGCGCCCAUCGGCUCCAAGGCGGUGCUCAAGACGCGCUCCACAGCCGUCACCAGGGAUGAGCUGUUCUCGCUGGAGGAUAGUCUGCCGCAAGCCGCGUUCGUGGCCGCGUUGAAUGAUAAAUACGUGUCGGUUAAGCAGGGUGUAGACGUGACAGCGAACCAGGACGAGAUAUCAUCUCACGAGACGUUCCAGCUGGAGUUCGACUGGGCCACGCGGCGUUGGUACAUUCGUACUAUGCAGGACAGAUACUGGACCCUGGAGACAGGUGGUGGGAUACAGGCGUCCGGGGAUAAUAAAUCCUCGAACGCGCUCUUUGAGCUAGAAUGGCAAGGCGGUGGAUCGGUAUCGUUCCGCGCGAACAACGGCAAGUACGUGCUGACCAAGCGCUCGGGGCAUCUGUACGCGAGCGCUGAUACACCGGACGAUAACUGCAAAUAUUACUUCUAUCUCAUUAACCGACCGAUCCUGGUGCUGAAGUGCGAGCAAGGGUUCGUGGGGCCGAAGGGCGUGCGGCUCGAGUGCAACAAGGCGCACUACGAGACCAUACAGGUGGUGCGGGGCCCACGGGGAGCUGUGUACUUUAAAGGUUCGAACGGCAAGUACUGGCACGCGGAUAGCGAAGGCGUCACCUGCGAUGCUGACAGUCCACAGGGCUUCCACCUGGAGCUCCGCGAGCCCACCCGGCUGGCGAUCCGUUCCGCAGAGGAGGGACGUUACCUCGCCGCAGCAAAGAACGGGAACUUCCGUCUCGCCGAUACUGCGCUCAGCAGCGCCACGCAUUGGGAGUACUAGACGUGCAGACAUACAGGGAGGGAGUGUAGUGUACAGUACAUACACAUACUGUACACGCGGAUAUGUAGUGUAGUGUAAUACAGUACAUACACAUACAGUACAGUACACACGGAUAUGUAGUGUAGUGUAAUACAGUACAUACACAUACAGUACCUACACUUACAAUGCAGUGUACACAUAUAGACUCGGUGUAGUGCAAUACAUACACAUAUGCAUUGCAUUACAAGAUAACACACUAUGGUACACUAGACAUCAACAAACAACUGCGCUGCUGUACCCUACAACAUUAUACUGUAACACACAGCAGAGUACUAAACAUCAACAAUCUACAUUACACUGUACACUGACUUACAAUAGAUUAUACUACAACGUACACUAUAACACGUUGCAGUGCAAUGUGAAACAAUAAACUCCAACACACUAUAAUUACAGUACAUUAAAAAAUACAUUACACCACACAAAACAUUUGAAAUACUGUAAUGCACUACACUGCAAUGCAUAUAUGUCAUACAAAAUACAUUCAAGGAAAUAAGACUCUACGGUACACUACACUACACUACAGUACACUACAGUACACCUAUACACUGGGGAUAGCGGGACGUGCGAUAGGAAAUAGUGAAUAUACGCUCGCUAUGGAAAUGUCGCGUAAUUUACAAGCUGUAAUACAAUUUGUUUGUAAAGAAAUUGUCAACUGAACUUGUAAUAAAAUUAAGUCAAUACAAACACUCGAUUGAAAAUGUAUUCAUAGUUGGUAAAGUAAUUUCCUCUAUUUCCAGUGUAACUAACAAAUUUUAAAAUUAUCUGUAAAACUGUACCCCUAUGUUUUAUAAUAUUCAUGUAAUAAAUGUAACGUUACGUCGGUUACUGCCAAUAAUUGUAAAAACGAGAGAAUGUCCUCUUGACAUGUUACAUAUAAGACGUACUGCAAAACGAGAGGCUGGAAUCAAUCGCGUUGGAUGUCAAACGGAUCCGCAACUAACACAAUACUCUUCCAUAGCUAUUUAUAAUCUAAAUUAUUUAAUUUUAUAUUUAAAUUAGGCGAGGAACUUAAUUUUAUUGUUUACGAUGAUUUUAUCGGGCGCGCGUUGACAGAUAACGCAUUUCUUGCAAACGCCAUUUCGCGUCUCACGACGACAAGAUGGCGGCCGAACGACCCCAACGGCUGAUUUUGAGAAGAAUCCGCCGCCUCUGGUAUCUUAUAAAAUAAUAAAAAAACAGGAAUGUCGGCAAUACUUGGCGCAUUGUCGUGUCACAUUUCAAUAAAAAAAAAUGUUAACUGAACGCGCGCCGACACGCAUUUAGUAUGGUUAAGGUGUUUAUCGCAGAGUUGCGAAUGUGAUCGUAUGGAAAUAUCGCUUAUAAUCAUAGAAUAUAUUUAUCGCUAGAUCUGCCGUCACGAUCGCUUACGAAUUAUUGUUUUAUGUUCUGUGACGUGUCUUCGAAUCGCUUGCAUAAUUUAUUUUUUGUGGAUUUAUCGGGAUCGUGUAUUCGCAAGUAUUUAUUGGAUGUCGUAGCGUCUAGUCGAUGUCGGGAUGUGGAGGGUCAGCGAGCUGAGGGCCGACUGAACUCGAUCGCUGCACUUCACUUAAGUUACACUUAAGAGUUAAGUUCUCUUCUCAAGCAGACGCGUGUCUCGUAUCGCUCUUUGCACCGCCGAGUCCGGCUCGUAACUAAGCUAGUUAAGUUAAUGUAAGUAACAUCGGUAUAGGAUUAAGCUAAGCCGCUCCCGUGUGGAUGUCCAUUCCAAAAAUUUACAUUUUUUAUCGAUUUUUUACGACUUUUACACGUUUUUAACUGGUGCGUGACGAGUUAUUCCGUAAGUGUUUGGGAGGUUCGAUUGAGUGUAAUAUUGCAAUGUGAAAUACGCUGAUCCUACAUUUUGAAUAUUUGUACGAUAAUGUCUUUGUAAACUAUUAAUGAAUAAAUUAUAAUCAUAUUGUA